AAAUAAAAAAAUUAUUGUCAUUAUAUUUUCUUGCGGAACACAGCAGUGUCAGAGUUCGAUUCAGUGAAAUGGAGAUCGCUCGAUAAAUUAUACAGAAAUCUGGCUAAUGACUGGAUUCGAUAACAGUAACGUAUUCACCAUAUAUUCAAAACCCAUUGAUUGUGGUCAACAAUUACCCCCAAAAAUCUGAUCACUAGGGUUUGAAAUUACAGAAUUCAUCCUGUAUGUAUGACAAUUCCUCGUUUAAAUUAUCAGAGAAUGGAGACUUUGAGCUCCGUAUUGACCCCCGAGGAAGAAAAAGGAGCGAUCAGAGACAUUACAGAAACUGCAGAAGCUCACAUAAGGGAGGGAGACACAUAUUAUCUUCUAAAUUUCAGAUGGUGGAAAGAUUGGGUAGAUUAUGUUGGCCAGGAUGUGACCAGUACAAAUAAAGACCUCAUGUUGCACUGUUCUAAGUCAUAUGAACAUCCUUCUAAUAUAUCAAAGAGGCCUCCCAGCAUUGACAACUCAGAUCUAGUUGCAAAUGUCAAGUGUGAAGACCCUAAUAUAGAACCUGAGCUCCACAAUGCACUUAUGGAAGGCCGUGAUUAUGUUUUGUUGCCACAGAAUGUGUGGAGACAGAUUCUUAAAUGGUAUGGAGGGGGACCAACUAUAGCAAGAAAAGUAAUUACAUCAGGUUCUUCCCAAGAGGAUUUAACAGUAGAGGUUUAUCCUUUACGUCUUCGAUUGAUUGUGAUCCCAAAAGGAAACCAAGUAACUGUUCAAAUAAGCAAAAAGGAUACCAUAAGAGAGCUUUGUAGGAGGGCAUGUGAGCUCUUCAACCUUGCCCCAGAGCAAGUUAGCAUUUGGGAUUAUUUUGGACAGACAAAACAUGCUUUGAUGAAUGACCUGAACAAGACGCUUCAGGAUUCUCAAAUUCAGAUGGACCAGGAUAUUCUUUUGGAGGUACAAUGGGAUGGAUCUCGACUUGAUGGAUGUCAAAGCUCUGUACAUGAGAAUGGUUCAACAAGAAAAGAAAUUACUUUUGUUCCUGUAGAACCUUCUAGGUCAGGCAUAUCAAUUGCAGGGGGACCAUCUAUAAGCAAGGGUGUUUCAAGAAGCUGUAGCCCAGAAUUAUCCCAAUGUCAACUUCUGAACUCACCAUUGAGAGAAUUGGAUAAUGGCCAUGGGAUUAUCAGCAGCAGUGCCAGAGGAGGUUCAGCAGGUUUAACUGGACUGCAAAACCUAGGGAACACUUGUUUCAUGAACAGUGCUAUUCAGUGUCUAGUUCAUACACCUGAACUGGUGAGAUACUUUCGGGAAGAUUAUAGCCAGGAAAUAAAUUGGCAGAAUCCUUUGGGUAUGGUUGGUGAACUUGCUUUAGCUUUUGGGGAGCUCUUACGGAAGCUAUGGGCUCCUGGAAGGACACCAGUUGCACCUCGUCCAUUCAAGGGAAAACUUGCCCGUUUUGCACCUCAGUUCAGUGGCUAUAAUCAACAUGAUUCACAAGAGCUUCUAGCAUUUUUAUUGGAUGGACUCCAUGAGGAUUUAAAUCGCGUGAAACACAAGCCAUACAUUAAGUCUAGGGAUGCAGAUGGACGACCAGAUGAGGAAGUAGCAGAUGAAUACUGGGCAAACCAUAUUGCACGCAAUGAUUCUAUAAUUGUGGAUGUCUGCCAAGGCCAAUACAAGUCAACUUUGGUAUGCCCAGUGUGCAACAAAAUCUCUGUAACAUUUGAUCCAUUUAUGUAUCUAUCAUUGCCUCUUCCCUCUGCCACGAGUCGGACAAUGACAAUUACAGUAUUUAGCAGUGAUGGCAGUGCACUGCCUACACCCUACACAGUUACAGUACCUAAGCAGGGCAAGUGUAAGGAUCUUGUACAUGCAUUAAACACUGCAUGCUCUUUACGUAAUGGAGAAAGGCUUUUGCUUGCAGAGAUCUAUAAUCAUCGGAUAUUUCGAUAUUUGGAGGAUUCAGUUGAUUUGUUAUCUAGUAUUAGGGAUGAUGACCACCUUGCGGCAUACAAGGUUCCUAAGUUCUCAGAUAAAACACUCUUGCUGCAAUUGAUGCAUCGGCGCAAGGAAGAGUAUUCUUAUUCUACCAACUAUAAUGGGAUGUGGAAAGCUUAUGGAACACCAUUGGUAGCAAGCUUAAGGGAUGAUAUACGCACUGGAGCUGAUAUUCAUUCAAUUGUUCAAACUUUGCUUGCCCCCAUGUUGAGGAGUAAAAGCUUCAUGUCAUCAGAUCAUCUUAAGUCAACAAAGGCAUUUGCGGGCAAGUUGGAAGGGGAUACAAAUAUGCAGAAAGAAGUUGCUACAACGUUAAUUCCAAAAAAUGAGCCCUUAGAUGCUACCAUGGGUAGCUCCUCAAAUCAUGCUGACCAUAUUAAAGAUAAUGGCCAUUGUAAUGUAUUGAAGUGCAGUUCAUCAUUUCGGCUGUGCUUGGUAGAUGAAAAGAGUGUAACUAGAGAGAUUGCUAUAGUAGAAGAUGAACCAGUUUCAAUAUCAAGUACAUGUAAAAUAAUUCAAGUCUUUGUGGACUGGACAGAGAAAGAACUAGAGAGAUAUGAUACACGUUAUCUUGAAAUUUUACCUGAAGUAUUUAAACUUGGCUUGGCAUCAAAGAAAGCAAGGCUAGAUUCUAUCUCAUUGUAUGCAUGUUUGGAGGCUUUUUUAAGUGAAGAGCCUUUGGCACCUGAACACAUGUGGUAUUGCCCCUGCUGUAAGGAACGGCGACAAGCUAGCAAAAAGUUAGAUUUAUGGAGGCUACCUAAAGUUCUAGUUGUUCAUUUGAAGAGAUUUUCAUAUAGUCGGUCAAUGAAAAACAAAUUGGAAACACUUGUAAACUUUCCUAUUCAUGACCUUGACCUGACAAAGUAUGUUGCAAGAAGACAUGGGCUGCAGAGGCAUCUUUACCAGCUGUAUGCUGUCAGUAAUCAUUAUGGUAGCAUGGGAAGCGGUCACUAUACUGCUCACGUUAAGCUUCUAGAUGAAAACAGGUGGUAUAAUUUUGAUGAUAGUCAUGUCUCUCCAAUUAGUGAGGAUGAAAUAAGAACACCAGCAGCUUAUUUACUUUUUUACAGAAGAAUUAAAUUUGAAGAUGGCUCAAUGAACAAUGGAGCUCACUCAUAUGCAAAUCGUGACAGUUUUGGGUUCAGAAAAUAAUUGGGUCAAAGAAUAUGUUCAGUCAAAUUUGUAGACAGCCUUUAUUCUCACUGCAUUCUGCUUUAGUAGUGGAAUGAAGUGCUAGAUGGGCACAUUCUUGCAUAUCUUGGUUCAAAAUUUAUCCAUCAGGUAUGCAGAUGCAAUGAAGGAGUUCUCAGUCAUCACAUUCAGCAUUCUGAACUUGAAGAGCGUGGAAACCUUUUUAAAAUGUUUCUUUCAGCUGGAUAAUGAAAUGAUUUUGCCCCUCUAUUCAAUAUUGCUAUCUGAAAAUAGAGAACCACCCUGGCAAGGACAGCAUAUGGAAGGAAGUUGCCUCUAUCAAUGCCUAGAAUGACUUUUACGUCUUCCAAAGCCAACUCUUAUCUGCAUGGAUAACGAUGAAAUUGGUACACACCUUUUGGUAGCUGGUUGUUUCUUUGAUUGUCGUCAUGGUGUAAAUUUUAAAAAGAAACAGUUGAGUUCACCUUCAAAUUAAAUCCAUUUGCAAAUUUUUGUGUGGAUGCCUGCUAAUGGUUCACCAUUCAUGAUAUAUAUAUUUUUCUUUAACCUAUAUGUUGAAAUGAAUGCCUUUUGAGGACUACCCAACCUUGCAGUAUCAGCUCUAAGUGUUCUUCAGAUCCUGAAUGAUUAUGGUGGAAGCUGCAUCUGAGCUUCAUGUCUUAAUAACUGGAUGCACACUAAUUAUCAAUUGAAUAGUUGCAGAUUACAAUGAUUCAGUUAUUUCUAGCUAAUUAUUAUUUGUACCCAUCCAAAAUGGGGCACACCAGCAUUAAUGUGAAUAAUGGUGGGUGUUGCUGAGAGGCAAGGUUGUAGUUUCUAAUUUAAAGAUCACUUCAAAAUUGUGAUCUUUACUUGUAUUAUAAAUUUAACAAUUAUUUCACUAGUAGGAUUCAUUUUGGCUGGAUUUGAAUUUUUGUACAACUUGAUCUUAUCAGUGAAAUAUUAGAUGUUCCAACAGUGAGCAUGAUUUAAUGGCAGGACUCAGGGGCAACGGUUGAUUUGGGAAACUGUUUUCUCACUUGGUGGUUGUGUAGCUGAAGAUCUGUAUUACUUAGUAUUAACAAAGAUCUUUUUUCA